AUGCCGUACUUUUCUCUACCCAUCCCAGAAUCGCUGAUUCAACAGUCUGGCUCCCAUACCAGGUUUGCGACGGUGAGGCACUGUAAUUAUGAAAUAUGCACCAAGGCAGCGGAACAGGUGCAGGCCGAGUUCAACCAAGCGAUGGACACAGAGAUCAUCACCAACACUGUCGCACCAGUGCCAGGUAUAGGGCACUUACACGCCGUCGCCUUCACGAUUCCCAACUGUUUGCCGGAGCGCCUGUCGGUAUUGACUCGGUUCGCCGAGUUCACGAUUCUCAAUGACGACUUUUACGACAUCGCCAAGAAUGAAGAUAUCCACAAGACCAACGACGACAUCCAGAGCGUCCUCAAUGGCGCGAUUGAGUCGUCGAGGUCCAUAGAGUCGAAUAUGACAAAGUCGAAACAGUUCCAGUCCAGUUUGAUCCUGGACAUGGUCAAUAUAGACGCCGACCUCGCCAUGGACAUCAUGACGACGUACAGCAAGGGCCUUGACCUGGCCACCUUUGCGCCCGACACGCUGAAGACGCUCGACGACUACCUUCCCAUUCGCAUGGUGAACUCGGGUCUCGAUGUCUUCCAAACCAUGAGCUGCUUCGGCAUGGGGAUAAAACUCAGCGCCGACGACAAAGAAAAGCUCAGCGAGUUCGUCAACACGGCCAUGUUCUCCACGACGCUCAUCAACGACCUCCACAGCUGGCCUAAGGAGGUCAAGCACCACAUCGAACACCCGGGGUCCGAGUACCCCUUCAACGCCGUCGCCAUCCUCAUGCGACACGGCGGCCUGUCGGAAGCCGAGGCCUUCUUGCGGUUGCGCGAGAAACAGGCUGAGCUGCAGGAGCGUCAUCUCGCCCUGCUGAGUGCUCUCGAGGCGGCCGGACCGAUCCCAGAGAGCCACAUGCUCUACAUCCUUGCGGCGCAAUACGCGGCUUCCGGUUCCGAGUUCUGGAGUGUGCAUGUGCCGCGAUAUCCAUCCAAGAAGGAUUUGGCACAGCCUGAUGUCGAGUUUGUUAAUGGUGAGUUCCUCUAUCGGACGGGGCCUGCAACAACCGAUAUAGAUAGCAUCCCGCGACCUAUAUUGGCCAAGGGGACGGUCGCUACGGAACGUGCUGGUCUCACCAACGGCCACACGAAUGGCUCCAUCAAUGGCUCCAGCAAUGGCUCCAGCAAUGGCUUCAGCAAUGGCAUCACCAACAGCCACACCAACGGUCUCACCAACGGUCUCGCCAACGGCCACGCCAACGGCCAUGCUAGGCAUCAUACCAAUGGAAACUCAAAGGAAGAAGAAACAUUAGCUGUCAAGUAUCCAGAGGACGUGAAAUGCAGAUCAGAGCUGGUACUGGCGCCUUACAAAUACCUUACAUCUAUGCCUUCCAAGGGCAUCCGGGAGCUUUUCAUAAGGGCCCUGAACUGGUGGCUGAAGGUCCCUGACGACAAGCUCGCGUGCAUCCAAGACGUGGUCAGCUAUCUUCACCAGUCGUCCCUCAUGCUUGACGACAUCGAGGACGGCUCCAAGCUGCGGCGCGGCCAGCCUUCUACUCAUGCCGUCUAUGGCAUCGGCCAGACCAUCAACUCGGCCAACUUCGUGUUCGUCCAGGCCUUUGCGCGCAUGCAGAGCUUGGGGCACGGAAGGGCCGAGGCCAUCGACAUCUUCAUUGACGAAGUCGAGAAUCUGCACAAGGGACAGAGUUAUGACCUUUUCUGGAAAGACCAAGUCCACUGCCCUUCAGUCGACGAGUAUUUCAUGAUGAUCGAUAAUAAGACCGGCGGCCUGUUCCGCCUAUGUGUCCGGCUGAUGGAGUUCUUCGCCACCGGGUCCACCCGGGGCAUCAGCUCCGAGUUCUUCGUCAAGAGGCUGAGCCGGUACUUCCAGAUCCGCGACGACUACCAGAACCUCAUGUCGGACCAGUACGCCAAGGAGAAGGGCUUCGCCGAGGACCUGGACGAGGGCAAGAUCUCGCUGCCGCUCAUAUACACGCUGCAGUCGUCGCCGUACCGGGACGCCAUCUCGCGCGUCUUCAAGCGCAGGGACGACGGCGGCGAGAUGGGGCUGGAGAUGAAGGUCUUCAUCAUCCGCGAGAUGCGCAACACGGGCGCCCUGGACAAGACGUACGACCUCUUGCGGUCGAUGCAGAGCGAUCUCAUGGACGAGCUGAAGAGGUUGGAGAAGGCGUUCGGGGCGCCCAAUGCGUCGUUGGAAUUGGUUUUGAGAAAGUUGUGGAUAGACUGA